GCUGCUAACCUCCUCCUCCAGCAGCAGCGGUGACCGGACGUGAACUUUAUCGUGUAGUUAGCCCUCAGCUUUCCUCUAAAGUCAGGCGGCAGCAGCUUCCCUCAGUCCGGUUCACUCAGGGGGAAUAAGGAAGUGAACAGUGACUGACUUCCAGCUGGUUUUGCUCCGGGCAAGAAAAAUGGUGCACAGAUGUUGACUGUGGAGUUGUUUCCUGUGUGAAGAAGCGUCUCCAGACUGGGUCAUGUUGUCUCUCAGAGCCAGACCUCCUCUGUCCUGACACGGGGGAGUUUUACAACCUGGAUCUUGACUUUCUACCUCAACAUACGUGGAGUCCACUCCCUCUGUUCUACCUCUCUUAGGACAUCCACCGCUCUUUUUCUACCUCAACACAGGCUGUACGCACACAGACGCACGUAGCUGUUAUCAGCCGGCUCAGAAACGCCAGCAGACCCUUCACUUUAUCACCAGGCUCUCAGGCGUCAGUCAUCUAGUGACGGUGUAACACAGUAGACUGGAUUUCUUCCUGCAUUGCUGCCAUAACCGCCAGCUGGGGAGGAGCCACCCGAAGCAGACAUGUUUCAUGGGGGUUUGUGAUGUCCGAGACCUGCGACGGACCUGAACCAGGACCAGGAGCAAGGGAAGGACAGGGGCGAGGCGGCAGAGACGUUCCUCGGUUUGUGGUUGGCUGUGGGGAUGACGAGCACGACAUGGGCCAGAUGGAGGCAGGCAUGAAGAAUGAGAUGUUUCGAGAGGAGGAAAUGGAGGACGAUGAAGAUGAGUCGCCUCCAGAGCGUCAGAUUGUGGUCGGCAUAUGUGCCAUGAUGAAGAAGUCCAAAUCCAAGCCCAUGACUCAGAUCCUGGAGCGACUGUGUAAGUUUGACUACAUCAACAUGGUCAUCUUUCCCGAGGAGGUGAUCCUGGAGGAACCGGUGGAGAAAUGGCCCCUCUGCGACUGCCUCAUCUCCUUCCACUCCAAAGGUUUCCCUCUGGACAAAGCUGUGGAGUACGCCAAGCUCAGGAACCCACUGCUCAUCAAUGACCUCAACAUGCAGUAUUUCAUACAGGACAGGAGGGAAGUGUACCGGAUCCUACAGGAAGAGGGCAUUGACCUGCCGCGUUACGCCGUGUUAAACCGAGACCCCGACAAUCCUGAAGAGUGUAACCUGGUGGAGGCGGAGGACCAUGUCGAGGUGAACGGAGAGGUGUUCCCUAAACCCUUCGUGGAGAAACCCGUGUGUGCGGAGGACCACAAUGUCUACAUCUAUUACCCGACGUCUGCUGGAGGAGGCAGCCAGAGACUCUUCAGAAAGAUAGGGAGUCGUAGCAGCGUGUACUCCCCAGAAAGCACCGUACGAAAGACCGGAUCCUACAUCUACGAGGAGUUCAUGCCCACAGAUGGUACUGAUGUGAAGGUUUACACAGUGGGUCCAGACUAUGCCCACGCGGAGGCCAGGAAAUCACCUGCCCUGGAUGGAAAGGUAGAGAGGGACAGCGAGGGGAAGGAGAUCCGUUACCCGGUCAUGCUGACCGCCAUGGAGAAACUGGUGGCCCGCAAGGUCUGCCUGGCCUUCAAGCAAACGGUGUGUGGGUUCGACCUGCUCAGAGCCAACGGCCACUCCUUCGUCUGUGACGUUAACGGCUUCAGCUUCGUCAAAAACUCCAUGAAAUACUACGACGACUGUGCCAAAGUCCUGGGGAACAUGGUGAUGAGGGAGUUAGCCCCCCUGUUCCACAUCCCCUGGUCCAUCCCCAUGGAAGCUGAAGACAUCCCCAUCGUUCCAACAACCUCAGGAACCAUGAUGGAGCUGCGCUGUGUUAUUGCCAUCAUCCGCCAUGGAGAUCGUACACCAAAGCAAAAGAUGAAAAUGGAGGUCCGACAUCCUCUAUUCUUUGAGUUGUUUGAGAAGUACGGAGGCUACAAGUCAGGAAAGCUAAAGCUGAAGAAGCCGAAACAGCUACAAGAAGUGCUGGAUAUCGCCCGCCUGCUGCUGGUUGAACUGGUCCAGCACAACGACUGUGAGAUCGAGGAGAAGAAAUCUAAACUGGAGCAACUCAAGACUGUCCUGGAGAUGUACGGUCAUUUCUCGGGUAUCAACAGGAAAGUCCAGCUGACCUACCUGCGUAACGGCCAACCUAAAGCCUCGAGCGAAGAAGAAGACUCUAAGAAGGACGGUCCAUCUCUGCUGCUGGUGUUGAAGUGGGGCGGCGAGCUGACGCCUGCAGGCCGGGUUCAGGCGGAGGAGCUGGGCCGGGCCUUUCGCUGCAUGUACCCUGGAGGUCAAGGUGACUAUGCCGGGUUCCCAGGCUGUGGCCUCCUGCGCCUGCACAGCACUUACCGCCAUGACCUGAAGAUCUACGCCUCUGACGAAGGCAGGGUGCAGAUGACCGCUGCUGCAUUCGCGAAGGGUCUGCUGGCUCUAGAAGGGGAGUUGACUCCGAUCCUGGUUCAGAUGGUGAAGAGUGCCAACAUGAACGGACUGCUGGACAGCGACAGCGACUCUCUGACCGACUGCCAACAGAAGGUGAAGGCCAGGCUGCAUGAAAUCAUGCAGAGGGGCCAGGAGUUUACACCGGACGACUAUCAGAAGUUGGCACCAACUGGCAGCCCAUCCCUGGUGAACUCAAUGAAGAUCAUACAGGAUCCAGUCAAAACCUGCGACAAGGUGUACGCCCUCAUCCAGAGACUCAAUUCACAGAUCCGCAAGAGACUGGAGGACCCCAAGUCUGCAGACCUUCAGCUGUACCACAGCGAGACGUUGGAGCUGAUGCUGCAGCGCUGGUCCAAACUGGAGAGAGACUUUCGCAUGAAGAACGGCCGCUACGACAUCAGCAAGAUCCCGGACAUCUACGACUGCAUCAAAUACGACACGCAGCACAACUCCUCGCUCGCACUGGAGGACACGCUGGAGCUGUUCAGACUGUCCCGCGCCCUGGCUGACAUAGUCAUACCACAGGAGUACGGCAUCAGCAAAGCAGAGAAACUGGACAUCGCUCAGGCUUACUGUGUUCCUCUGAUGAAGAAAAUCCAGCUGGACCUGCAGAGGACCCACGAGGAUGAGGCUGUCAACAAGCUGCACCCUCUGUAUUCUCGUGGCGUGAUGUCUCCUGGCCGUCAUGUCCGCACUCGCCUCUACUUCACCAGCGAGAGCCACGUCCACUCGCUGCUCAGCGUCUUCCGCUACGGAGGACUGCUGGAUGAUGAGAAGGACCAGCAGUGGAAACAGGCCAUGGACUACCUGAGUGCUGUGACUGAGCUCAACUACAUGACACAGAUAGUCAUUAUGCUGUACGAAGACAACAACAAGGACCCGUCCUCAGAGGAGCGUUUCCAUGUCGAGCUUCACUUCAGUCCAGGAGUCAAAGGUUGUGAGGAUGAGGAGAACGUACCUAUGGGCUUCGGCUUCCGCCCGGCCUCCUCAGAGAAUCAAGACAAAAAGCCCAAUCAAGGCAGUUUGGAGGAUCUCUCCCAGGACCAGCUGGACCAGGCACUUCCCCUCACUGAGCCAAUCAACAUCCAGCGAAGGUCCCCCAUGGUCCGCAACCGCAAGACGGGCUCCAUGGAGGUCCUCUCUGAGACCUCUCCCACCCAGUCCUCCAAAGGCUGCACGUCCCACCGACUCUUCCCCUCGUGUUCGCGCCAGUCUCCUGAGAUCAAAGCAGCCAGUGGCCUAGGGUCGCUCUGCUCUGGCCUCUUCAGUGCCUCCGCCCUCGGGGUGUCCUGUAGCGCCCCCAACCUGCGGGACUACGUCCGCACGCACCACCACCUCCACCGAAAACCACCCCUGUCCCCAGGCAGUCUGCCGUGCCAGAUUGGCAUGUUCGAGCUGUUCUCUAUGCCGCCAGUAAAGAGAUUUUCUGUGUCGUUUGCCAGGCAUCCGACUAAUGAGCCCUCAGACGAGCUCCAUGUAGUCCAGCUGCUGGGGGGGCUUCCCGCUGAGCCGGCCCUGCUGGGGUUUGCCCCUCUGGCUGUGGACGGGGCCGUAGCCCAACACCUGCGCCACUGUCCCUACCACCUCCGCCUCCUCAAGAGCUGGCUGAUGUCUGGUCAGGAGCUCCCAGAAUCCCUCCACGGCUUUGAAGGCUGCUCCAUGGUGCCCUCUAUCUACCCGCUGGAGACGCUGCACAACUCGCUGUCACUGAAGCAGGUGGACGAGUUCCUCAACACGGUGUGUGAGAGCAGCAGCGAGGCCCACGCCAAGACCAUGAAAGCGCUCUCCAGCCUGUUUGACUCUCAGAGCCAGACGUCUCUCUACAGCCCUCAGCAGCCGCUGUCCUCAUCAGGAUCGGAAACAUCUCUUCGCCCGCCAAGCCAGCCUCUAUGGCAUGGCAGUAUCCCCUCCAGUGCUGUAUCCAGUGCCGGCCCCUCCUCUCCGAUCACAGAGAGCUCCGGUCUGAACUUCAGCUUCAGUGAGUAGGCUCUCUGUCUGAGAAAAAACACAAGGACUUCUGGGUAUCUAAGGGCACGUUGUGGAGACCUCUGUUUGUCCGCUCCUCCAUUCAUCUUCUCCUCUGUCCUUCUGCUCACAUUCACACAAAGAAAAAACACUGCAGGAGAUGCAGAUUGUGUAGAGAGGCCACUCUGCCCUCGAGUAUUACAAACAUUCAGACUGUAAAUGUAACCACUCAGACUGCACACGGACUCCUCAGCUGCACACAUGUGAUCACCCACACCUUCCACUGCUCCGUAAAAGAGAGAGAGAGAAAACACUGGACCGUCAACAGUUUAAAAAUCUCUCAUCAUCACCUCGAUCCUCCUCUUCAGUUUGACGACACAUUCAUGAAACCAGCUCCGACUGAGUGACGGCGCAUCGAGCCAACGUUCAGACCAGUUGUGCCUUUCGUUUAAUUUGGAUGCUGCCUACGCUGAAACAACAACAGUGCCUGUUUGUUUUUGUUCUUUUUAACCCAAAUGCUGUUUUGCUAAAUAUCUUCACACACCAGCUGCCUCAUCUCUGACCUUAGACGUGUACGGCUGAAAUAUAUACACAGACUGUGAGCCAAUUGUCAUUCAUUCAACCGUCAUCCAUUGAAUUUGAAAUAUCUUUUUCCUCUUCACGGAUGUGCUGCUCACCCUGAAGCAAAGCAUUUUGACUUAGUUAGUUUCUUAUGCUGUAGGCUGAAAGUAAAAACUUAAAGGAAUAGUUUGAAGUUUUGGCAAAUUUGCUUAUUCGCUUUUGUUGCUGAGAGUUAAGCUGAUCAACAAACAUACUUAUUUUAAGGCAAACAUGAUCUCUUCCUAAACCUGACCAGGUAGUUCUGUUGCCUAAUAAACCGGUUCUGCCGUGCGAGGGGCUUGUGCAGACAUUCAUAGGAGAACACUCGAAAAAUGAGAAAUAACUUUUCCAUUGUAUGAGAAUAAGGGAUGCACCAAUACCACUUCUUUUCAGACCGAGUACAAGUACUUACUGUACAUUUGGGUACUCGCCUACACAGAGUACUUCUCUGUGCCAAAAGACCCUCGUUAACAGCCAGCUGCAGGGUGUGUACGGCACACGGCAGGCUGGGGAGUCCCGCAUACGAGGCGACCGGCUCUAGGUCGGCUUGGACUUAGAGCCCCUUUCUCGACGGGGCCCCCUGCUUCCGGUGCGAUUGUCGUGCAGCCAGCGCGGGGCUCGGUCCACGUAAAAGGCUCCAGGGAUCUACGGCGAUGUCAGCUACCCUCCUGACCCGUCUUCAAACACGGACCAGGGAGUCUAACGCAUGCGCAAGUCAGAGGGUGCAAGCAAAACCCUGUGGCGCAAUGAAAGUGAGGGUUGACGUGCGCCGGCUAAGGUGGGAUCCCGGCCCAGCGGGGUCGGGCGCACCACCGGCCCGUCUCGCCCGCACCGUCGGG